AUGGACGCCUCCGACGACCGGUUCCUCGAGGAACGCUCCGACACUAACAGCCCGCGCUCUCACAUGAGCUCGCCUCAUUCGGCGUCCUCAAUCAACGUAACAGAGCAGUCGCUGUCGCUGCAGCAGCACCAGAGCUUGGAGACGCUGCGCAUGGGCAUGUUCUUUCACGCGCAACAGAUGCAGCUGAGCCACAGCUUGGACGCGGUGAAGUCGCGACUGGGGUUGACCGCUGCGGGCGGCCAGGGCCCGCGCCACACCAUCGACGCCAUCCUGGGUCUCAGCGCGCCCCCCGCCGCCCCUCGCCGCGAUGAUGACCUGCCCGUCUCACCCGGACACAACGAGAGUGCUGGUGAAGGUUCGUGCAACAGCAACGAUGGGUUCGGGCAGCGCACGCCGGACAAGUCGCCGCCGGCCAGUGACGAGGAGGCGUGCGGAGUCCGCGGGGCAGGGGCCGGUGGCGGCGGCGGGGACAAGAAGAAGCAUCGCCGCAACCGCACCACCUUCACCACGUACCAGCUGCACGAGCUGGAGCGCGCCUUCGAGAAGAGCCAUUACCCCGACGUGUACUCGCGCGAAGAACUCGCCAUGAAGGUCAACCUGCCAGAGGUCAGGGUGCAGGUGUGGUUCCAGAAUCGCCGUGCGAAGUGGCGGCGGCAGGAGAAGAUGGAGGCAGCUCGGCUGGGGCUGGCGGAGUACGGUGCGCCUGUGCCGCGCCUCGGCCUGGGCCUGCCCGUCGACCCCUGGCUCGCGCCGCCGCUGCUCUCUGCGCUGCCAGGUUUCCUCAGCCACCCGCCGUCAGGUUACCCGAGCUACCUGACACCCCCCGCCCCGCCUGCGCCCCCCGCGCUCGCGCCCGCCGCACCUGACCCCCGCUCAUCCAGCAUCGCUGCGCUGCGCAUGAAGGCUAAAGAGCACGUCGAGUCCAUUAGUAAAGGCAUGCAGAUGGUAUAG